AUGGCUAUGAAGAUCUUCUUGUGGCUAUAUCUCCAGAUGUUCCUUGGAGUGUAUGGUAAUACACCAUAUACACUACAAACAGGCGGCUGUGGAGAAGAAGGAGAAUAUAUUCAGAUCUCAAAUGAGUUUAUAGAAAAUUACGGAAGUAUUGAAGCUACUUUUGGACCUCCAGGACAGGUGUUUGUUCAUGAAUGAGCUAAAUACAGAUACGGGGUGUUUGAUGAGUUUGGAUAUCCAGGGGAUGAGAAGUAUCCAAUGUUUUAUUACAAGUCCCAGUGAACAAUGCAGGGUCAAGUCAAUGCAAUAACUCCCAACUUUUGUACCAAUAAAGAUCUGGAGGAUUAUAGACUUGAAAACUGGAAAAAUGGCGGGGCUUGUGAAUAUGAUGUAGAGACUGGACUUCCAGACUUAAACUGCUUUCCAGUUCUAGGAGAUGGCAAUGAAGUUGAAUCAUCAAUUAUGGCAAUCCCGUAUUUAAAGGGUAAUGAUCAAUUUUGUGAUGACUCUGAAAUCUUCCUGCAUCAAUCAGACAUAUCAACAAAGCAUAAUGAUAUGUGUCAAGGUCAAAGCACUUUUAAAGUAAUAAAAGAUCAUCCUGACUUUAGUGACUACACAGAUGGCAACACAGAAGAAAGCAGAACACCCAGCUUUGAAAUUCUAAGAGCUUAACCAUCCUCUAGCUUUGUAAUGGUUCUGGAUGCAUCUAAAAGCAUGGACAAUCAGGGUAGAACCAGACUUCAAAGAAUGAAAGAAUCAACUAAAAGAUGGGUUCGCUAUGAUGCUAAAGAUGGUGCCCCAGUUGGUAUUGUAACUUUCAACACAGUCGCAACUGUAUUAUCUGAAAUUGUCGAGCUCAGUGAUAUCACUAGACCACAGUUAAUUGAAAAGCUAGAUGGUAUAACAACAGAAUUAGAAACUUGCCUUGGAGCAGGAUUAAGAAAAGGGCUUGAAGUUUUAAGAAAGUAUGGUGUUACAUAUGGCGGAGUUAUGAUGUUUUUGACUGAUGGUGAAUAUUACUGUAAAGCUGGGGCGGAUAAAUCAACCAUAAAAGAAGUAAUUCCUGAAAUAAAGGAACAAGGUGUCCGAGUUAUAACUAUUGCCUUCAGUAAUGAUGCAGAUCCGGAUAUUAUAAAACUUGCAGAGGAAACUGAUGGUAAAGCAUUUUUCGUUCCUGAUGAAUCUGGUCCAGAGGUCAUCAAUACUGCCAUGCAAGGUUCUCUUACAUAUCAACCAUCAGUCCCUUCGAAUGAGGUGGACAUCAUUAUCUAUGAACAUACUUAUAAGAAGACAUUGGAGUUUUCUUUUAACUUCACCAUUGAUAAGUUAAUAGGUAAAGAUGUUUCAAUUCAAAUAGACUUCGCAGGAAAUAAAGGUGCUAAUAUUGAGAUUAACAGUUCUACAGAUGAGUUUAAUGAAGAAAAUGGAGUCUUCUUUAAAUCUUUUCCUGAGUUGGAUCAAGGUUACUACACUGUUUCUGCUAAAUCAAAAAGCAAUGAUGCAAUUGAAUUUGCAAGCAUAAAGAUCACAGCAAAAUCCAGGUCUGACACUAUUCCAAUAAUGACAAACUGUUGGACAAGCAUUGGUAACAGCAAAGCAGAUAUGUCAACUGACAUCAAAAUUGCCAUAAUUGCCAGGGUUUUGCAAGGGACCAACCCUGUAAUUGGUGCAAAGAUAACAGCCUAUAUUGAGCGAGAUGACAAUGAUGUUCCUUUGGAAAUAACUCUUUCAGAUUCAGGAUCUGAACCUGAUACAGUAGCUAAUGAUGGAGUCUAUGCUAGAUAUUUUACAAGCUUUACACCAGAUAGUGCAUCAAGGUGAUACAGCUUAAAGUGUCAAGUGGAAGGUUCAGAGGAUACUCAAAUAAAUGAAGGAUUUAUUGAGGCUAAAAGACAUCCUAAACUUAAAGCGCUUCCUAGCAAACCAUCUGAAGAAAACCCUAUUUGUUGCGGAAGCAAUACUAUGAGGGAUGAUUCAACAUUGACACGGACUGGAGAUUUUAGAAGAUCUUCUGCUGGAGGAUCCAUAGAAAUUAUGAAUGGAGAUAAAGCCAAGUAUCCUCCAGGGAAAGUUUCAGAUCUAAGGACUGGUAAUAAUGUUAACCGUACAUACUUCAGCCUCUUCUUUACUUCAGCAGGGAAUAUUUUGGAUUCUGGAACUGCUGGAAAAAUUGACAUUUAUUUUACAAAAAAUGCAACAGAUUUAAUUGAUGAAAAUUUAAUUGUUGGGUUUGUUGAUAGUUUGAACAGUACUGAUGUCUUGAAUUCUGAUCAGCUCGCCCCUACUGUAGCUGGCACUAAAGUCAAGUUGGAUGUUAGCAUUUACAGAUUUGAGGUUGAACAGCAGUAUUUCUUUAAACUUGUCACAGUAUCUCAAGAUGGAAAAAAGAAUACAUGGUCAAAUAUAGCUUCUAUUUAUAAUUAUGAAGGUCCUCCAACAACAACAACAACAACAACAACAACAUCAUCUUCCUCAACAAAAAUUUUUACAAGCAUUAUUGUUUUAACAUCUACUCUUCUUUCAUGUUAUUUUGUGCUUGAAAUCAUAAUUUAAUGCCGUUUUAAUAAAAAUUGCACAAUAAA